AUGGUAAAGCUAAGCGAAGCUACUUCGGGGGUUGACUAUAACCGACUUGGGGUGAACGCUGAACGAGUCAUUUUAGACCGGGCUUCGGCAAUCACAGCUCCGAAGGACCGUCCGCUGCAUCUGCACAAAACGGGCCUUCAGAUCGAAGCUACCGCCGAAUACACCAAGCAGAAACCUUGGUGGGAGAAGCGAGAUCCCCUUCGGCCUUUAUUACCUGAGGAAGCACAGGCUGCUCAGACAGCAGCUGACGUGUCCCGAGCAAUCGACUCCUUGGAAGGAGGUGUUGGGACAUCUGGUGCUGCUGAGAGGGAUAUCCCUGCAUCUGGAGCUCAGCCGAGGGUUCCAUCUGAGGAAGGGAGCGAAAGAAGAGAAGGAAAGGCGUCUGCUCAUUCUGAGGAUCCAUCUUCGUUAGAAUCUGAAGAAAUGGACGAGCAGCCCUUAGCAAAGAGGAGGAGGAGGUUAGCCGUGCUGGGGCCUCGUCAGUAUCAGACGGGGAUGAGGCCUACCAGGGGCAUCCUCAUAUGGGAGCCUAAUGAAGGCUUCUCAGAUGAUAUUGAUAGGAAGGUUGACGCUUUUCUUCGUCAACCUGAUCUGGGGGAGGAAGCAGAGGAGGUCGUCGCUGCUGACCCUGGUGGAGACCAACUGGGCUCCGCCGAAGGAGAAGGUCAUGCUGAGCCUGAGAAGGUUCAGGAGGUUCCAUCUUCUUCCUUCCCGUCCUUCCAGACACUGAACUCUGGGGAUUUGGGUUUCUCGGCCCCCCGCAUCACAGUCCCAGAACCUGUUUGGGAACGAAUUUGGGGCCAGAACCGUGAAGGGGCUGCAGGUUACUUCGGCGACCUAUCUAGUAUGUUCGAAGUGGACCGAGCGAGGGUUGUGCACAAUCAGACUCUUACUGUAGAGCUGAUUGACACCCUCCAAGAUAAGCUGGAGCAUGCCUGGGAAGAUGUGAAGAUUGCCCAGGAGGAGGCGAAGCUUGCUGAGUUGAAACAGCAGGCUGCUGAAGAGAGGCAGCAGCAGAGCGAAGAGUAUGAAAAGAGGGCUGCUGAAGCCAUUCAGACCUUCUGCUCUGCCAUGGAGAAGGAAGUUUUUCCCCCAUUGAUAGAAGGGGAGAAAUUCCUUCAGGAGCACAUGGGAGUGGACAUCUCCAAAUUUAAAGCUGCCAUCGAGAGCCGUAUUCAAGAAGGAGCUGUUGCACAAGCUGAAGCUAGGGAUGUUCACCUUUCUGCUGCCCAAGCUGCUGCUGAGAGCCAAGACCAGAAGCUGAAGGAGCUAGAGGAUCAGCUGAAGGUUAAGGGAGAUGAGCUGACCCAGGCCAAGGCCGAGGCUUCCAACGUCCAGCUGGAGCUUAAUGAGCAGAAGACUUCUUCCUCCAAACUCUCAGAAGAUUUAGAAAAAUCUAAAAAGGAUUUGGAGGAAAGUCAAAAGAGAUUAGCUGACGCUGAAGCCUUGCUCCAAGUCCGCCUCUACACCCAAGAAGAGUACGAGAUGGGUUACAUAAAUGGGUUUAAGGUGGCUCGGAGGUUGGCUCUCCAUGCUGAGACUUCGCUGGAUUGGUCUAAGUGUGCGCUUUGGGCUCAGAACCCCGAGGAUCCGCAUAUGCUGUACGCCACUCCCGCCGAGCAUGAGAUCCUUCAGGCUGAACAAGCCGAGGAGGAAGCUGAGCGGCAGGAGUUGGAGGCUGAACAGCGAGCCGCCAAAGCUCAAGCAAGGGCCCAACCUGCCUCCUCUGCUGCUGGAGCCGAGACUGCCCCGGGGCUAGACCUGGCUAACCAGCCUGAUCCUUCGGCUGAAGCAUAG